AUGAGUAGCACGUUUGUGACCCUGGCGGAGGUGCUGGAGGCCAGGGGAGGCCCUCUCCUGGAGGACGAGGUGUGGUCUCUGCUGCUGGGCACCGCUGAGUCUCUGGUGGACGUCUCCUACAAAGGGCACAACAGCAUGUCCACCAUCAUAAGCCCCUCCUCUCUGCUGCUCUCAGCCACUGGCACGCUGGCGUUUAAGAACUGCGCCCUAUCAGACCAGGUGACCACGUUCACCGCCCCGGAGAUGCUGCAGGGCAGAGCCAGCUCUACCAAACCUGCUAUGGAAAAGAUGCUGGUGUAUUCGUUAGGCAUGACUCUGUACUGGUCUGUCGACUACCAUCUUCCUCAGAAUCAGCCAGUCCCUUUGAGCGACCAUCUGAACUGCCUGCUACUGAGCAUGUGCGAGGACCUGUCCCAUCGCAGGGUGACCCUGAACUCCAUCCUAGAGGCGUGUGAGUCUCAGCACAAGGCCUCUCUCCUCCCUCCACCCAACAGAGUCAUCCGACAGCUGGUGGAGGAUGUUUUUCAUGACUCAGUGGAUCAAGGAUCUCUGCAGGACAACAUUGUGCAACUUAGUGGGAGGAGCCAGAUGAUCAGAGAGAGGCUUCAUGGUAAGAGAGGACCCUACCCCGAUUACACCCCUGGGGCUGCAGCUGACUUCAGGAGGUACUCUGAGGACUCCAUCAAGUCAGGGAGCCUGCCACACAGACCCUUCAAACAGAGACCACGGAGCUCCCCGACCCCAUCAUACCCCUGCAACACAGACAGGCUCCCCAGAGGCCUCCGUCACAGGGACAGCAGCUGUAGCUCUCUGUACCGGAGCCCGUACCUGGACUUGCCCCCCAAGCCGCCCCCCGCGCCAGCGCCCAAAACCCACAGCCCCUCCAUCACCUUCAGCGAGUCCUCGAUCAGCCUCACCCAGAGGAAGGCCAAGGCUCUGGGUCCUGAGUUCAUCACGAUGGCGGAAGAACAGCAGAUCAUUCUAGAACUCCCCGGAUCCAUUGUGUCUAAGAAGGGUCGAUCAUGUGUGUCUCAGAGGGAGGUCAGUGUGGUCAUGCCCAGUGGUCAGGUUGUGGCCGUGCGCUGUGACAUCAAGUCUCGAGGUAGAGAUGUGUUUGACAUGGUGGUGGCUCACGCCAACCUGGUGGAGCAUUUCUACUUUGGUCUGGCCUUCAUCGACGACGAUGAAUUUUUCUUUCUUGACCAUGAGACCAAAAUCUCCAAAGUUGCCCCUGACAGUUGGAAGAAAGCCCAGUCAACCUCCUUUCUGGUUUACCUACGAGUGAAGUUCUUUGUAGAAGACAUCUCCUUCAUCUUACACAGACUGACACGUCAUCAGUACUACUUGCAGCUGCGGAAGGAUAUCCUGGAGGACAGGCUACACUGCAACGAGGAGACUGGCCUGUUCCUGGCUGCUCUCGCUCUCCAGGCCGAGUUUGGGGACUACAUGUCUGAGCUGUAUGGGAAGGACUACUACCAGCCAGAGCACUACUUGUCUAAGAGGAUGCUGGAGAGGAUGGCCUUCCCCAACCUGAAGGAGGAGCUGCCCAGACUGCAUGCUAACCACAGCAAUAUGCUGCCGGAGGAGGCAGAGACAGAGUACCUGAAGAUCGCCCAGCAGCUGCCUGAAUAUGGGGUGCUGUUCCACCGGGUGGGCCGUGAAAAGAAGACUGUUCUGAGCGAGCUGGUGCUGGGGGUGUGUGCCAGGGGCAUCAUCGUGUACGAGGUGAAGAACCACCUCCGUACCGUCACCAGGCGCUUCCUCUGGAGGGAGACCGACUCCAUCUCCACUGGGAGGCGUAAACUGACAGUGGAGUGCGGCGGCCCCAGCGGGAAGAAGCACAGCUUCAUGACGGAGAGCUCAAAGAUCGCCCAGUACCUCCUGAGCCUGUGCUCAGCUCAGCACAAGUUCGACAGCGAGAUGACCUCCCGCCAGCUCAACCAUGCUGUUGUGCCCCCUGGUGUAUCUGCAGAUGAUAACAUCGAGAAGUACUUGUCCAUCUGUCGCUCGCGAAACUCCCACAUGAAGCGCCUGUCCUGCUCCGAGGGCGGGAUCAACCUGUUGGGCCUCGGUGCCGGCCCGCCCGAUUUGCUCAGCAAGUCAUGUGAUGACCUGAGCGCCAAGAUGGAGGCCCGUCUGCGGCAGCAGCGAGAGCUGAGGGAGAUGAACCGGGGCCCGGAGCCACGUGUGCUGGGAGAGAUGAUGGACCAGAAGACUUGGAGCUCCACAGAGGCCCUCCCCAGGAUCACAUCCCACUCCUCACUCUACAAGCAAGACCCCGAGGUCGUCUCCCUCACCUCACAAAUACGAGUUGACACUCCAACCAGGGGCUCUCCAGAGAGAGAGAUCAUCUGUGUGACUUUAAAGAAGGACCUUAAACUUGGGUUUGGGUUUGUGAUAGUAGGAGAGGACAACAGUGGUAAACUGGACCUGGGGAUAUUCAUUGCCUCCAUUGUGCCUGACGGGCCUGCUGAUAGAGACGGAAGAAUCAGACCAGGGGGCCGUCUGAUAUCGCUGAACAAGAUCAGUCUAGAGGGCGUGACAUUCACGGACGCGGCGGCCAUCUUGCAAAGCAGCCCAGAGGAAGUAGAGCUCAUCGUAUCGCAGCCCAAAUACUCCCUGAGGGACAGCAAGACGUCCCUGGCCCCCGGCGGUCUUGGACGCAUGCUGGAGAGAGGCUUUGGCUCCCAGACCACCCUGAGCGGUAGCGACUUCCGACCGGCCAUGGAGGAGCUGGAGGAGGCCUUGGUUCUGUCCAACAUGGCCACGCCCAAGCAUGGCAAGAGGCUGCACAUCCCUGUGGUGCGCAUCCUGGACGCACAGGAGGUUCUCUCUAGGUCCUCCUCUAUCUGCAGCCUGAGAUUUGCAGAGCAGCUGAGUAUGGAGCUGAGAAAGACCAAGGGUAGCCUGGGCAUCAGCGUGGCUGGGGGAGUGAAUACCAAUGUGAGAUACGGGUGCAUCUACAUCAAGAGCCUGGUCCCAGGGGGCGCUGCAGAGCAAGACGGACGCAUUCAGAUAGGUGACAGACUGCUGGAGGUUGAUGGAUUCAACCUGAGGGGUGUGACACAUAAACAAGCUGUGGAGUGCCUGAAGAGAACUGGGGAGGUGGUGAGUUUGCAGUUGGAGAGGGAGCCCAAUAUGGUGUCCGAGCCUGGAGCUGAUUCACCCCGCCUCCGCUCAGCCAAAAGCGUACCACAACCCUUCAGGACAGAGGUUUCUAUGGAAACGUCCUUGAAUGGCAGGGCCAAGGACUACAGCUUUAUGACUGAUGAGAACACUCAUGAGGUGGUUCUGAAAAAGAAUCUGUCUGGGCUCGGCUUUAGCUUCUUUAUUUCUGAGCUGACCUCCGGUCUUGACCGUGGUUCCGUGGUCCGGGUCAAAUGGCUGUUCGAGGGCCAGCCCGCCAAAGAGAGCGGGCAGAUCCAGCAGGGAGACAUCAUCCUGGCCAUUAACGGGGAACCGGUCAAGGACCUGUCAUACCAGAGGGUUUUGUCGAUGCUGCGGGGAGCUCAGUCUGAGGUUUUCCUGCUCAUCUGCAGACCCAGCCCAGGAACCCUGACAGAUCUAGACAACAACACCCUGAGUCCAUCUCGAUCUCCCACCCGUGAAGUGAGGUCCAGGUCUCUGGACAUCAGGUUGACCGAGGACUACAGCCAGCUCCUCAGGAGGCCAGUGGAGCCCCAGGCAUACCAGCCAUGCCAAGCCCAGGAAGAGGCCUCUAGCCUGCACACCCCUGCCGAGGUGCCCCUUGAUCCUCCUGGUCCUCCAAAGACCCAGCAGAGUCAGGAGAGCCUAGACAGUGAGACAUUUCCCUCCCCCCCUCCUGCCUUGUCACCCCUCUCCCCUGACUCCCACGAGUCUCCCCAGUCCCCCACCCACCCUCGGUGCUUCAGCAACCAGGGUUACAAUGAUGAGGAUGAGGACGUUUCCAGGACAUCCGUUAUGCGUCUCAGAAGGAGCAGCUACCUCAAAGCUAGUGCUAACCCCACCUAUGCCAGUGGCAUCAAAGAAGAGACCGACGGCAGACACACCUACUGCCUGAUGGGUAACGGUCUGACCAUCCUGGCGGAUGAGGAGUACCUUACCAUCAGCUCCACCUCCCUAGAUACAACCUCCAGCCUCCCCACAUGCACUCCUGCUCUGCCUGAACACACACCCAGUACCAGCUCUCAUCCUCCACCCACCCCCAGACAGGCUCCGGCCUCUGGCCCCCCCUGCCUCCGACCCCCUGUCCCCACCCUGCCAGACAGCCAGGCAGCACGCCCCUGCCACAGCCACACAUACUGGAGGGACGUGGAGGAGAGGGUGUUAAAUUACGACGACGAUGAUGAUGAUGAUGAUGAGGAAGAGGAUCCCAGGAGGGGCAUGCUGAAGGAGUUUGAGCUGUCCGUGGUCCUGACUAAAUCCCGUAGUGGUAGUUUUGGUUUCACCAUAACGCGCAGCAGGAUAGACGGCUGUUACUACAUCCAGGAGAUACUGGACAGCCCAGCCAAGGCAGACGGACGACUGAGGGCAGGCGACAGGCUUAUCACGGUACACGGGCAGGAUGUGACAAAUGUGACCGACGAGGUUGCCAUGGCAGUCCUAAGGAUGUCUCCUAGGAGACUGAGCAUGACCUUGGGGAGGGCCGUGUCCAACCUGGUAGCCCCGCCUUCUUCUGACAGCCUGAGCGAUGUUGUCCUGCACAAGACCCCAUCAGGGCAGCUUGGUAUAAAACUAACAGGUGGCAUUGGCAGUAAGUGGCAGGGCAUCUACUGUCUGGAAGUGGUGCCGGGGUCUCCCGCCAGCGAGGAGGGUAGCGUCCAGCCCAACGACAAGAUCAUCUACAUCUGCGGCAAGUGCACCCUGGGAAUGACCUUGGAGGACGCCGUCAAGGUCUGCGAGAUGGCCCCGCGCAAGGUCAAACUCAAAGUCCUCAGAGAUGACCAGCCUCUGACUUCUAAAGCUAACAAGUGGAACGGUCUGUUUGACUGGAAGAAAGACAGGAGGUUCUUCACCACUCGCUUUGAAGAGCCCAGCUCACCAGAGGCUGACGAGGAACGUGAUGACCCAGAUCCAAAUAACCUGUGUUCCUUCCUCUUCCUCAUACCGUCCAAUCAGAGCUGCGUUCUGCAAGUGGAGUUCACUAAGCCAGAGGGAGGUGGGCUGGGCUUUGCUCUAGUGGGCGGAGCCAAUGGCAGUGCUCUCAGAGUGAAGGACAUCUGCCCAGGGGGCGUGGCUGAGCAAGAUGGGCGGCUGAGAGUGGGAGACAUCCUACUGGAGGUGAAUGAGGUGAUUGUAUCUGGGCUGAGCCAUAGUAAGGUGGUGGACAUCUUGCGUAGAGCUGAGGGCACUGUCCAGCUCACCAUCUGUAGAGAUAUCCUGCCCACACCUGGAUCCAACAAGGCAGCCCAACCUGGAGCCAACAUGGCUGCCAACGAUGGAUCCAACAUGGCUGCCAACGAUGGAUCCAACAUGGCAUCCAACCCUGAAUCCAUCAUGGCCUCCAAACCUGGAUCCAACAUGGCUGGCGACCCUGGAUCCAAAAUGGCUGCCGACCCUGAAGCUAAUAUGGCUGCCCACCCUGGAGUCAGUGUAGAAGACAAGCCCACAGCGGAAGGCUGCCCCAGUCCUGACUUCCAGAAGAGAAAACUGAAGAAGCCCUCUGUUUCGUUCCCCAGUGUGGGCCUGUCUGGAGUGAUUGCUGCCCCUCUGCUUGAGGAAGACGAGGAUGUGAUACCUCACUUACCCCCGCACCACUCACACCACAUAGGGUUCAGAGCAGAGGACGAUGCUGUUGAUGGGGAGAGCUGCAGCAGCACCCCCUCCUAUACCCAGACCUGCUGCCCCUCCCUCAGGGUCUCUGACAUUCUGCACGGAGCCUCAGACAGGAACCCACCCCUUAACACUAUCCUAGUGGACCAACCAAUAAAAGACACCCGAAACAGCCAAUCAGAUGGCUGGAGCAGCGAAGAGGAGGAGGAUGAAGCGUUUGAGUCCAAUGGUCAGGAUAUGACCUCACCUUUAACUGGUCCCCCUAUUGUGUCGGAGGAGGAGCUGGCUAGUCUGGCCCUGAUCAGUCCGUCUCGGACCAGUCAGUACUCAGGCUCCCGGGUCAAGGCCCUGAUCCAGAUCCUGCAGCACCAGCUGGACCAACAGGAGCUCGUCAAAGAGUUCAUGACCCUGGAGCACCUGAAGCCUUCUGAUAACUGCCUGGUGGGUAAAGCAGCUGAGAACCGUGACAAGAACAGAUACAGAGACAUCCUACCCUACGACCUGACUCGGGUGCCCUUGGGUGAGAACCAGGACUACAUUAAUGCCAGCUACAUCCACAUGGAGGUUGGCACCAAGGACUUCUACUACAUCUCGUGCCAGGGCCCUCUGCCCUCCACUGUGCCCGCCUUCUGGCAGAUGGUCUGGGAAAACAAGUCCGACGUCAUUGCCAUGAUGACCCAGGAGGUCGAGAGGGGAAGGGUCAAGUGUCAUAGGUACUGGCCAGAGAGGGUGAGCUCUCCGCUAGAGGCGGGUCGGUACCAGCUGUUCCUGGAGAAUCUGCAGCAGCAGGAGUAUUUCCACAUCAAGAUCAUACGCAUAGUGGAGAAGGAGACAGGUGAGACCCAUCUGGUACGGCACCUGAAGUUCACUCGCUGGCCUGACCAUGGCGUCCCUCGCUGCUCCGAGCAUCUGGUGCGCUUCAUUCGCUACCUGCGGGCCGUACACCACAAGGGCCCCGUCAUCGUGCACUGCAGCGCCGGCAUCGGUCGCACCGGGGUCCUUAUCUGUACCGACGUCAUCCUCAGCCUCAUCGAAAACGACCUGCCGAUCAAUGUGAGUGACAUUGUGAAGGAGAUGAGACUGCAACGCUAUGGAAUGAUUCAGACCAAGGAACAGUACCUCUUCUGCUACAAAGUCUGGUUAGAGGUACUCCAGGGAAUUCUGCAGCUUCACGGUAACCAAUGGCAACCCGAAAGCCCCCACGACCAUCAUGUCGUCUGA